AUGACGAUAAUUUUAUUUCUCAUCGAUACGAGUGGCUCGAUGAACCAAAGAACACACUAUGGAGCCAGGCCCACUCUUCUCGAUGUCACCAAAGAAACAGUGGAAAAAUUUAUCAAGUUGCGCCAACGCGAUAAUGCCUCUCGUGGUGAUCGAUACAUGCUUCUUACAUUUGACGAAACUCCAUACAAUAUCAAGGCCGGGUGGAAGGAAAAUCAUGGCGUGUUUAUGAACGAACUUAAGAACUUGACGGCAAAUGGAAUGACCACCAUUGGCCCGGCGUUGAAAAAUGCCUUUGACUACCUAAACAUCAAUCGUAUGCAAACUGGCAUCGACACUCAUGGCUCAGGACGGUGUCCGUACUACCUGGAAGCCGCAAUUAUCAUCGCCAUAACUGACGGGGGCAGGUACACCUCUACAACAAAUGUUCAGCCUGAACUCAACUUGCCUAUGGUGAAUCACACACCUGGUGCUGAGCUGACACUGGAGCCGUUUCGUUGGGACCAGCGUCUGUUUUCUAUAGUGCUGCGACUCAGUGGCACGUACACGAUUGACCAACAGACAAACGGAGCCAACAUAAAUGUGCCUUACGACGAAUCGCCAAUCAACGCCAUGUGUGACGUCACUGGAGGCCGUUCUUUUUGUGUUACUUCGACGAAAUCGCUCAAUUCUAGCAUUGAGCAAUUGGUGUCCAGAAUGCACAUUGGUGUGAUGAUCAAGUUUGAAAAGUUUGGUCCUGAACCUCCGUUGAUCAUUCCAAAUGAAGAAGAACUCAUCAAUGACACGAAUAAUCGCGCGUGGACGUCUGUUCGCAAUUUAAUUUACGUCCGAUCAGGCCAGAAGGGCUAUUCAGUUGGUCAUUGGCCCAUUCCUGAAUCGUACUGGCCAGACAACGGUGUGCCUAACCUUCCGCCUCGAACUGCGCAUCCCGUCGUGAAGUUCACUUGUACAAACUCUGAGCCUACUGUGAUUGACAAUUUGCCUUUUGACAAGUACGAACUGGACCCAAGCCCUCUCACGCAAUUUAUUCUAAUGAGGAAGCAGCCCAAUGUUGCCUGGCAAGUCUACGUGGCCAACAGUCAAAGGGGCUCUGAAUUAGGGCAACCUUUUGGGUACCUGAAAGCCAGCACAAACUUGACAUGUGUUAAUCUGUUUGUCCUUCCCUACAACUAUCCCAUUUUGCUGCCUUUGCUCGAUGAACUGCUCAAGCUGCACAACGGAAAGCCAACUCGUGAGUGGAAAAUGCAAUUUGAUAACUACCUCAAAAUGAUGCCCGCCUACUACGCGGCACCUCUGAGACGGGCCUUGCAACGUAUGGGCGCCAAUUCAGCACUUGUUCCUGAAAGUCUUGAUGUUUACUCUACCGUAACGCUAAACAACUUGAUCAAGAAGAACAAAAAUCUGGCAAAGAUUGAAUUUGAAAAGUUAGCUGCUGCAGUUGGAAAUCCCAAACCCCAAAACCUUGAGUGGCCGCGAAUUUCCAGCAACCAUCUCUUUCCCUACAAUCGCAAAUCAGCACUCGAGUACUGCUCUAACCCAUCUUUAAAGAAGCUCUUUUCUAACAUCCCAAGUGAGCAAAUGACGGACUUUAGUAGUUUUAUUGUCACAUUCAAAGACAAGCCCAACGUAGAAUCAAAAGGGCACUGUUAUCGCAAUCCAUUCGACAUUUCACGACAUGAUCUAAUUGAUCAAGUGCACAAACUUCGCCGUAACUUUUUUCAAAAGCAAACGUCUCAUAUUAAAUUUCAAGACGAAGAUCAGAUACACAGUUUGCCAGUUAGUCAGAUGGGCAACUACCAGGAAUACCUCAAAAAGCUACCAGUUCCCUUGCGCGAAAUUGAAGCCACACCAACUCGGCAGCACAUGUUUGGCAAUCCGUUCAAACUGGACAAGAAGAAUAUGAUGAUGAUUGACGAAGCUGAUAUUGAUCUCGUUGGAAAUGGCGGUGGUGGUGGCACCAGUCCUAACAUUAGAAACAGCAAGCGAACAACUUCUGAUCCGUAUAAAAUUGCUGGGAACAAUAGAGAAAAGCGAAAACCCGGCCCUCUACCCAAAGACUUUUCCUACAGUAGGCUUCUCACACCGCCGCCCUCUCCUGUGCCUUCACCCCCGUAUAGUCCGUCCUCAUCACCAAAUCAUUCGCCCUUCAGUUCACCCAAUCAAUUCAAUGCUUUGCCUCAAAAUCCACCGCAACACUUUUCUCCUCAUUACCAAUUCCAAAACCAGACUAAUGGUCCAUUUACCGGCAAACCUCAUGUUCAAAUGAAUGGCCACUUUUCGAAACCUCUUAAAAACGCACCAUCUCUCAUUCCCAAUCAGGGAAACAAUCAAAUUUCUAACAACGCUGGUGACAUUCAAUUAAUUUCAACUAAGAACAACCUGUAUCAAAGCGAACUUACUGUCUCGCCUCUACAUAAAGGUUUAGGCCGUCCAUCUCCCUUUGUCAACAACAACAGCAACAACAAGAGGCCUUUGACGAUGACCAAUGGCGUGUCUAGUAUUACUAAGCAGAUGAAAACACUACAGGCACAAACUGUCUUGCCUGAGCAAAAUGGAACCGAAGAUUUGUCAGAGUACCUUUUAAACUUUUACAGGAGAAAAAACUUUACAAUGGAAGAGUACGAGAAAAAGAAUCAUGCUAUGAGUCUUGUCCGUCGCUCUAGCAAAGACGAUUCUGAAAUUAUGCAAUUCCUCUCUUCGAUUGAAGGCUCCUUUGGCCAGUACAUUUUGCUGGAAGUUGUUCAUGAAGCAAUUAGAUUUAAGAAAAAAUCCAUUUUGAGCUCACUCAAGUCGCACUCUCAGUUUGGCCCGAAAAUGGAGAAAAUCUUGUUGGCGAAUAAUCUAAACGAAGAAGGCUUGCAAGUAAGGCCAAUGAAUAAACUGGUCAAAUAG